AUGGCUGUGGAGCAGCCAGAGGACACCUCUGGUUGGCUGACUAAACAGAGCCCAGAAGCUGCCAAUGAUCCCAGGUUGAUGAACAAAAUAUUGGAAGUGAAGAGUGAUGCUGAGAUGUUGAGAGGUCGUGUGGACAAUAUCAGCACCCUGGGUUCUGUUCUUGAGAAGGACAGAGGCCGUGUGGAGAAGGCUGAAGUUCAGAUGCAGACACUGAACACCAGCCUCAUCCGUGUGCAUUCUCAGAUUCUGUCUUUGAGGAUCAGCAUGGCACAAGCCAGUGCUCAGAUUAGUGCCUUAACAAGAAGAUGGGAGGAGGUUGAUAAUGUCAGUUCCAGAAUCCCAGAGCUACAAAGAGAUCUGGAUAAAGCCAGCACCUUGAAUGCGAGGGUCCGAGGACUGCAGAGCAGCUUGGAGAAUGUCAACAAAGUGCUCCAAAGACAGAGUGACAUUCUGGAGAUGAUGUCUCGAGGCUGGAAGUACUUCGGGGGGAACUUCUAUUACUUUUCACACACCCCAAAGUCCUGGUACAGCGCAGAACAGUUUUGCAUUUCUAAGGAAGCUCAUCUGACCUCAGUGACCUCAGAAUCAGAGCAAGGCUGGGGUUAUACGGGUGCCAGGGAUUUGAACCCAGAGCCUCAUGCUUGA